AUGGUGUUCAAGAUUCGAAACAUCCUCUAUCGAGCAGCCACCAAGACGUACCACUCGACCCAGAUCCUGCGCAACCUCUUCGUUGUCCACGCAUCUCUAGCCGAGCCUGAGCUGGCAUACAAAGCCUACGAUUCCUAUGUCGAGAUCAUCACGCGGAACAAGGAUCGAUCGGAAAAGUCAGGCGAACUCGAGGCUGGCAUUGACGACGACAGCACGGUGUUGAGGACUUCUGCCGAGGCCAUCAGGAUGCUCUGUAGAUGGGGAUCUAGGCAUGACGCCGAAAAGGCUCUCGAGAUUGCUCACAGUAUCGAGCACUGGUUGGAGCAGGCAGAUCACCUUCGCUCAACGUCUGAUACCCGCUCAAUUGCUUCGAGCACAUCGUUCGUCGAACCCACGGCCCUAGCUGCCGCCUAUUGUGCCAUUGGCAUCAGUCAAGCACACUGGGCACGGCUCACUUACGAAGUUGAGGCACGGGCCACGAUCCAGACCAAAGCUGUGCAGUACCUCAGGAAGUCGCUUUCACCUAAUCUCGGCGACGAACAUAAUGUGGAAGCUCUGUACGCCCUCGCUUUGGUUCUCGCGGAAACAAGGGACAUUCCCGGUGCCAUCAAAAUCGCCAAGCGUGCACUUUCUCCAGCAACAAAGGGCACGACGGUCAGUGUAGACGGAGUUCUGUCGGAUGGCAUCACCACCGAAUAUGGACGCGAACGCAAGUUGAUACCCGUGUGGCAUCUUCUUGCCCUGCUUUUGACAUCACGGUCUGAGUUUACCGCUGCUGAGAAGGCAUGCGAGGCGGCUUUCGAACAGUUCGGCGAUCCUGCUAUCCUGUUCGGCCGUGACUCGGGCGCAUUCCGAAGCGAACACCUCCAAGAGGCUGCCGGUCAAGAGCCUAUUGAAUCUGGCAUUGUCGAUCGUAUGGAACGUUUCGAAAAGAGCAACAUACUGCAGAUCAAGAUGACGCAGCUGUCUCUUCUUGAGAUCACCGAUGGUGCCACCGCUGCGGUUGACGGAUGUGACGAGCUCCUUGCACUGUACGGUCGACUGUUCGGCGAUCCGGCAGCUGACAAAGUCAAGACUCCACCCGAACCUGCGUCGCUGGCGCCUCCAAAGACCGCCUCGGGCACACGAGGUAGUAUCUUCCGUGGACGAGGGUCAGUCAGAACGACUCAGCAAGAAAAUGUUGAUCGAAGUAAAUCUGUGGUCAGCUCCAAGACAGCUACGACACAACCGGAAGUGCCUCCUGCGAUUCAAGUCACUGAUGACAAUGGCGCAGCUCCUACUAACGGUCAUCAUCGACACCAUCUGUUCCACCACCACAAGCAGGAUGAUGGUCAGGCCGGCAAAGACACCGUUCCAGAGGUACCACCGCUUCCAGAACACGUUCCAAACAGCACUCGUGCACGCAGUAAUACUGCAAACUCCAAAUCGCCUCGACGCAUUUCCAAUCCCAGCUCUCCAGGAAAGUCAAUAGAAAAGGGUGACACACCACUUCCACCCGUCGCCCAUAACCUAGAUCACUCCUCUCCGCCUUUGGGUCACGACGACCAACCACCCAGACAGGAUACUCGCUUGCCUUCGCGCCUGCCACAUGCUGACUACAUACCCGCGGAUCCCCACUUUUCCAAGAUCCAAGAGCGUCGUCAGAAAGUCUCGUUGCUGGUUAGCAUAUGGAUCUUCAUUUCUGGAUUAUAUGCAAGAGCGCACAUGUUCCAGGAUGCUAGGGAGGCUGUUGCCGAAGCAUUGAAGCUGGUCGAAACAUUUGAAGCAGAGGUGUCAUUGGAACACUCAACAGCCAAGGCGCUCGCUGACAAAGGGUGGGGUGGCGGUAAGAGUGUGGAGGAGCUGUGGGCGGACGUGUUUGCUGCUCGCGCAGAACAGCUUGUAGCCCAGUCGAUGAAGCAUGAAGCUCGUGCAGACUUCGAGCGCGCUCUACAACAUUUCCCAGACCACCCCGAGGCCAUCGUUGGCCUAUCGAACAUCCUUUUGGAUAUCUACAGCGAGGUCAUACCGUUGGAGCCUGCCAACACCGACACCAUCUCCCCUCCGCUACAGUCAUCGGCCUCCUCAAUUCAUACAAAGACGUCGACAUCGAAGACACAAUACCUAACCUCUCACACACCGUCAGUAGAGAAUCAGCUCUCGUCACCCACGCUCACUCGCCUUGCGGCCCGUGAUCGCGCAUUCGGUCUACUGUCCACACUUACCAAGCUUGGUGCCGGCUGGGACUAUUCGGAAGCGUGGUACGCGAUGGCUAGGGCCUACGAGGAGAGCGAGCAAAUCGACAAGACGAAAGAGGUGCUCUGGUGGUGUGUAGAAUUGGAAGAUACGCACCCUGUGCGUAGCUGGAAGGUAGUCACAACCGGCGGCUUUGUACUAUGA